AUACCGUUAAGACUUGGAAAAUACAUCACACUUAACACGCACCACCACAAUUACCAAAUUAACUUCCCUUUCUUACUUUGAUAAGACUCGCCAUUUUUCUAGGCAUGGCAAUGGCAGGAGCAACGACUACCCCUCUAGUAUUCACAGUGCGAAGGUGCAAACCAGAACUGGUUGCUCCGGCAAAGCCAACACCCCAUGAAUUCAAGCAACUGUCUGAUAUUGACGACCAAGAGGGUUUUCGAUUUCAAGUCCCAUUGAUACAUUUCUACAGAUAUAAUCCCUCGACGCACGGGAAAGACCCUGUGAAAGUCAUCAGAGAGGCACUAAAACAAGCGCUAGUGUUUUACUACCCCUUUGCCGGCAGGCUCAGGGAAGGGCCUGGCCGGAAGCUUGUAGUAGAGUGUACCGGCGAGGGUGUUAUGUUUAUCGAGGCCGAUGCCGAUGUUACUCUUCAACAGUUUGGCGAUGCUCUUCAACCCCCAUUCCCAUGCAUGGAGGAGCUCCUUUUUGAUGUUCCCGGCUCGGGAGGUAUCCUCAAUUGCCCAUUGCUGCUUAUCCAGGUGACACGCCUCAAGUGUGGUGCAUUCAUCUUUGCCUUGCGUCUCAACCACACAAUGAGCGAUGGUGCUGGCCUAGUUCAGUUCAUGAUGGCCAUGGCUGAGAUGGCACAUGGUGCACGUGCCCCAUUCAUUCUGCCUGUGUGGCAAAGACACCUUCUCAAUGCAAGAGACCCACCCCGUGUGACGUGCACUCACCGAGAGUAUGACGAAGUGAUUGACACUAAGGGCACCAUCCUCCCACUCAACGACAUGGCCCACAACUCUUUUUUCUUUGGCCCUAAUGAGGUGUAUGCCCUUCGUAGAUUCUUACCAUGUCACUUGAGCCAAUGCUCCACAUUUGAGGUACUCACCGCCUGCCUUUGGCGCUGCCGUACCAUAGCACUACAACACGAUCGUGAUGAGGAGGUGCGCUUGUUGUGCAUCGUCAACGCACGCAGCAAACUCAACCCUCCGUUACCGAUCGGUUACUAUGGUAACGUUUUCGUAUACCCUGCAGCAGUAACAACUUCUGAGAAGCUCUGUGAGAAUCCGCUAGGUUAUGCUGUAGAACUGGUGAAGAAAGCGAAGAACGAGGUGACUGAGGAAUACAUGCGGUCAGUGGCUGAUAUGUUGGUGAUUAGAGGUCGACCCCACUUCACUGUUGUGCGAUCUUUCGUAGUGUCAGAUCUGACACGUGCCGGGUUUAGAGAGGUGGACUUUGGGUGGGGCAACGCGACUUAUGGUGGAGUAGCAAAAAGUGGGGCGGGGACCACGCCUGGAGGGGAAUGCUUAAGCUUUUAUGUACCUUUCAAGAACAGUAAGGGAGAGGAUGGGAUCGUGGUCCCAAUUGUUUUGCCUGCUCCAGCCAUGGAAAGAUUCAUCAAGGAGUUGGAUUGCUUGUUGACUGAAAAGCCAGUUAGCUGCCUGAAAAAAUCCAAACUUUGAAGCUAAUUUGCCAACGGCUAUUAAUGGAAGACAAGAGGGACGACUAAAAUGUGUACGUGUAUGCCUGGCAGUCCAUAUAUUUUCUCCAGGGUGGUUGGCCGAAGAAGUAGAGGGGGAAUUAAGGGGGUUAAAAGUUUCUUUUGGCUAGAGUUGAUGACAUUGUAUAAUUGUAUCGUUCAUUUGAGUUAAAUGAACGAUCUAGAGUUGUAGAAUUGCAGGGAUCAACCUGAAUCCACUAGCAUGAGUGCCAUUUGCUAGAAAUAUUCUGGACCACCAAAUCAAAAGUCACGAAAUAAAGAAAAAAAAAAAAAAAAAAAAAAAGGCUGUUGUAGGAAUGCUUUAUUAUG